UUUUUGUUGUUGGUGUGUUUAAAAUGAUGUUCAAACAUCCAUAUUUAUAGGAAAUUUCGAAUCUGGUAGUUGUAAUUUUCCUAUGAAUUUACGACGAAAAUUAAUUAGGUGGCAAAAAAAAACGUGUAACACCUACAAAGUUGGUGGAUUCAAAAUUUCCUCGCUAAAUACACGUAAACUAUUUCCUCGUAAAUAACACGUGAAGUUUACGUCGUAUUUACGUGGAAAUAGUAUUUCCUCGAAAAAUACUCGUCAAAUUACAUCCACUUUACGACGAAACGCUUUUGUCGUUACUUUACGAGGAAAUAACGAUGACAUUAGUUUUCCACGUAAGUUUCUCGUAAAAUCGACGUAAAUUUACGAGGAUUGUUUUUCCUCGUUAAAUUUCCUCGUUAAGCAUGUGUUUUUUUGUAGUGACCACAACCCGCAAAAAAAGAUGACAAAAUCAAACAAACGGCAAACAACUAAUCCUAAACUCUGGAUAUGCCCUACGAACAUUACAACAAAACAAACUCAUCAACACAACACAACGUCACCAUUUAUAUCCAAAAUUACACACAUAAUGAACGAACUUCUAAAUUAAAACAAAUUCUCCAACAGCUACAUCAAUCUUUUUUGAAACAUACGACAACAAAAUCACUCAAAGUCAACAUCUCCGCGCUUGCGCGGGGCUCCACCUCUAGUAUCACUAACAGGGUUCUUGGGAUCUCCUUAUAAAUAUAUAGAGAAGGUUUCAUCUCGUUUAAGGACAAAUGGGCCGGCUUUAUAGCCCAAAAUUUGUCACAUAAGUCUAAUAUUUUUGGGUUUGAAUCGAUUUCGGUCUGAUUUUUUAGCGAUUAUUUGGCUUUUAAAUUAAUUAAUUAAUCUGUUUUCCAGUUAAUUAGACCGAAUAGGUCCAAAUCGUUGCGGUCCGAGGAACGGCGUUCCGCCUCCUAGACGGGCGCCCUUUCAUGUAAAAUACUUAAAACCAAUCAUUUUCUUACGUACUAUAAAUAAUCAGGUAGACAGCAAAUGAAAGUGAAAUAAAUCGAUCGGAAUGUAUCACGUACUAUAUUUAUGUCUAUGAAAAUGAAGCAAGGACCCACAAAACGAACUAAUUAACGUCGAUUCAUGUGCAUCUUCUGCGUUGCAUUAAUAUCCCAAUUUGCUUUACUUCCCUCUUUCCCACAAAGUUUGAACUUUUCCUUCUUCAACAAAAACUUGCUAUCUCUCUCACCAAAUCAAGCAAUGUCCACGACACACCUGAACCGUUCGAUCUUGAUCUCUCUCCUCCUCCUCCUCCUCCUUCUCACAACUUCCAUCACUUAUCCAACCGCAGAAGUAAACCGGACGAUGACAUCAAGAAACUUCCGUUACCGAACUCACCGAUUCAUCCCGAGGGUUCACCUCCCGUAUUACGUGACUCCUUGUGACUCCUUCUCUCGUCCUUACGCGCGUUCUAUGUGCCUUGAGCUUCAAAGGAUCCACCGUAGCAGCUGGAAGCAGCCACUUGUUUCCCCUCCUCCGCCGGAGAUCGAUCCAAGGUACGGCGUCGAUAAAAGACUCGUUCCCUCCGGUCCAAAUCCUCUUCACAACUAAAGCUCUUGCCCCAAUUCGUAUACAUAUACAUAUAGACAGAGUCACAGAGACCUUUGCUAGUUAGAUAUUUUAUAGUUGACACAUUUCUUGGGGUUUCUUGGAGUUCUUUUUUCGAGAGAUCUGUGUUAUUCAUAUAUAGAGUUCUUUUGCCCGAAGACGAAAGUUCAUCAUUUCUUUGUGGAUCUUUCUUGAAUCUUGAUUCUACUCUUUUGAUCUUGUAAUUAGAGUCCUACGUUACUUGGGCAGAUAUUAUUGAUAUUUUAUUUUCCACGCUUGUUUUGUAGACUUGUAGAGUGUGUAAACAAUCACGAAAAUGAAAAUAGUGUAUUUUUGCU